AGCUCGAUAAGGAGUGCUACCUUCCGCAUUUCAAGCAGGGACUUGUACGCAGCACCAACAGAAAGCAGCAACACAGCUGAUGCGAUAGCUUAUCUCUCCAGAUAAGGCGUGGGAAAGCACGAGGCAGCAUCGUUGACGCUCUCUGGCGCAGGCAGUAACUCUGGGUAUCGAGACCUGUAAAUUACUUAUCCACUGGAACCGUCCUCACUGCUCUGCCUGUGGAUAAGAGCGCCCGCCAGCUAAUGAUGAUGGCGAGAAUCCCUGGGAUUCGGAAUGAGAUGAUGAUACAAGGGCCCCUUGGGUGGAGCCUGGCUGGCAGUGAAUAAUUGAUGCACGCAGGGAAAAUACACCUUUUUGGUUGGCAACGAUGCGAUGUGGCCACCACUGCGACAUGCAGCGACGCAUUUAUUAGCUAUCAGCCUCCCUCCUUUGUCUGAUUUUUUCUCAUAUCUCAGCUUCUUUCUUCCUUUGCUGGCUCGUCCUAUAUAACGACAGCUUCUUUCCCUCCUUGCCGAGUCCUUCUUCAUCCUCAUCCUCAUCCUCCUUCUCACUCUUGAAGCGGAAGCUAUCUACUCGUAGUACAUCUGCUCUCAAGUGAUAUCAUCCAUCCUAUCCACCCCCUCCUCCGUCUUACUUUGCAGUCAAUUGCACCUAACCCAUCAUAAUGCCUCGCUUCGAAGACUCUGAUUUCGGCGUUGAGCCCCAGCCUACCGUGCCUGGUAACGCUGGCGUUGCCCCCGAUGCUCGCUCUCCCAGAGACCGCGGCAGCAUGGCCGGCUCUCUGCCCAUUCCCAACGAGGCUGGCAACAUCACUGAAGUCCCCGCCACCAGAAGCUCCAUCAGCGAUGCUGCUGCCUUCAUGCACAACCUGAGCUUGUCUCCCUCCACCAGAGACCGUCGCGGCUCGCGCAACUCAUUUGGCACUUCUCUCCCCAUUCCUCGCUCUCCCCGCGUCUCUCGCCUCUCAUCAGUCUACACCGCGGAUGCAGCUUCCGUCUCGCGCGACAUUCUGGCCUCUCAGGUCCAGGACAUGUCCCAGGAGAAGGUCGCUGCUGCGAAGAACAUGGCGUUUGCCUUUGACAUUGACGGUGUGCUCGCCCACGGUAACGAGGCCAUUCCCGAGGCCAAGGAGGCUCUCCGCAUGCUCAAUGGUGACAACGAGCUUGGUAUCAAGAUCCCUUACAUUCUUUUGACCAACGGUGGUGGUAAGACCGAGGCUGCCCGCUGCCAGCAGCUCUCCGAGGUUCUCGAGCAUCCCAUCUCUACCGAUCAAUUCAUCCAAUCGCACACUCCCAUGCAGGCUCUGUCAGAGUACUACGACACCGUGCUCGUUUGCGGUGGUGAGGGCCAGAAGAUUCGCGAGGUUGCCGAGAACUACGGCUUCAAGAACGUCAUUCACCCCAAGGAUAUCCUCGCUUGGGAUCCUACCAUCUCCCCCUGGAGGUGCUUCUCGGAGGAGGACCGCGCCCAGGCCAAGCCCCGCGACUUCUCCAAGAUCAAGUUCGACGCCAUUCUCGUCUUUGCCGACUCCCGCGACUAUCAGACCGACAUGCAGCUCAUUAUCGAUCUUCUGCUCGCCGAGGACGGCAAGCUCCUGACCCGCGCCAAGGACCCCGUUGCUUCCCGCAUCCCCGUCUACUUCUCCCAGGGUGACUUGGUCUUCCCUACCGACCACAAGGGUCCUCCCCGUCUCACCCAGGGUGCUUUCCGUAUCUCCAUUGAAGCUCAGUACAAGGCUCUGACCGGCGUUGAUCUCGAGCGUGUUGUCUACGGAAAGCCCGAGCGUGCCACCUACACCUACGCCGACGAGGUCCUCCGUGCGUGGAUGGAGCAGAUCCACAACCAAAACACCCUCCCUCAGAACAUCUACAUGGUCGGCGACAACCCCGCCUCCGACAUUUGCGGUGGAAACAUGUACGGCUGGAACACCUGCCUCGUCCGCACCGGUGUCUUCCAGGGCGGCGACAACGAUGAGCACAACCCCGCCAACUUUGGCGUCUUCCCCAACGUCCUUGAAGCCGUCAAGGCCGCCGUCCGCAAGGAGCUUGGCAAGGAGUUCAAGAUGAAGUGGAACCCCAAGGUCAACCCCGUCCUCCACGGUAACAACUCCUCCGCCGUCGAAUAAACGGUCUCUCUCCUUGCAUCCAACUUUGAUAUGACAAAAGAAUGAUUGGCGUUUGGUCUUUGCACGACAUUUACAUGUCUCAUUUGCUUUCUUCAAUGUUAGAUGGAAACGCAUACGAUUGCUUUUUUUCAUGUUAUGGGAUGAUUAUGGGUUUGGACUACUGAUAUCCAUCGUUGCCCUCGCUGUUUCGAAGCGAGUGGACCUUGUUCAUGGUUACAUUGGGUUGUGCCUCGGAACAAUUUGUUAGAGUUUCUUUUGACUUUUCCUUAUGUGCUGAUGAUCCAAGAAUCUGAUGAGAGCAGUCUCUCUGUUCUACUUUUCUACUCCAUGACAACUCUUCAAAUGAUUCAAAACCUGGUACUUCUUUUCCAGAUUAGAAAGAACCAGUCAAUAGACAAUUAAAAAAAAUCAUUAAAAACAAUAUCUUGAAUCGAAUGCCUCUAGAACCUUAAUUGCCCGGUUCAUCUUGUUUAGUGGUUUCCGAGUCGUGACGCCAUCUUGAUGCCACUGGCAACCAAAGUACGGGCCAGUCCAAUCUUGUCUUGGCCCGUCCCAUCGCUUCCACUUUUCCACUGCAGUUUCAACUGUUUCAGCCAACAACACACUAACGCACUAGUAGGAGUGGUGGUCUAAAUCUCGGCAUCGCAAGUAGCCAGUCAGCUCCAUGGAACGACUUAGGCCGUUUGUUUCGGUGUCAAUUCUUUGAAAAUCCCGACCCGUGGCAAUUCUACAAUGUACUCGUCGGGAUGUCCUGCUAAAAAACUGUUUGUAGUCGGGAUGGGCCGGCGGUUUCUCGGCCUCCCCGAAUGGCGGUUAACGUCCGGAUGCUGUUGUAGGAUUUGAUCAGGGACAGGGGCGUUGGGUGAUGCAAAUCAACCUUUGCUGUUACUACUAUGGGUUAAUUUGUAUUAUUUUACUUGUGAUUGAAAACAAAAAGAAAACUGGUGAGUUGUAUGUAAGGCGUUGUUUUCGGCUCCAGUAGACAACUAUAUAAAUCUCGGAGCAUAGUCUACCGUUUCGUCAAGGCCGAGGACCCGGGUAAAUUUAUUUAUCUAACCACCCAUCUCAAUUGAAUUCCAGGCAGCAUCCGGAGUAUGAACUUGCUCACCGAGAGCCGAAUUCAACAUCUAAUCGACGUGCCUACUCCAAUGGCUUAUCGGCCUGCACUACAGUAGGCAUCUAUCAAACCGUCGGAGAUACAGCCCGGAGGACAGGAAGUCAGAGCUCAGCUAUGUUCGGCAGCGGUUGCUCAGAGAGGGUAUCUGACUCGUAAAUCAUUAAUACCUUGCCUGGGGUAUCUUUUGAACUUCCAACACAAUUUAAACAAAAGCCCACCACCACUCUCUCCAUCAAGUACAAUGACAGAACGACGACAGACCCCACAUAUCCUUUCCAAAAGCAGCGAUAUAUAACCUUGGCUCAUGGUGUCAUAAAUUAAAUCCUUACGCAUCUCAAAUCCUCGAUGGUCUAACGGUCAUGA